CCUCCCUCCCUGCCGCGGGGCCGCGGCUCCUCCCUGCACCACCCUUGGCCGAGCCGCGGGUGUGCGCAGACGGCGCAGCUCCCCGGCGGCAGCGGAUUCAUCCUCGCCGAGCAUCAGUCGGGAAGGCGCGUUUUCCUCCCUUCCUCCUCCUUCUCCUCCUCCUCCUCCACUCGCUGCCCCCGCGUCCAUGGAGCUGCCCGAGAGCCAGUGCAAGAAAGUCAAACUGAGCAACAGGGUGCCGAGCUGGGGAAUGCAAAGGGCAACCAAUGUUACCUACCAAGCUCAUCAUGUCAGCAGGAAUAAAAGAGGCCAAGUGGUAGGAACAAGAAGUGGUUUUCGUGGAUGCACGGUCUGGUUGACAGGUCUGUCUGGUGCUGGGAAGACUACAGUGAGCAUGGCACUGGAGGAGUAUUUAGUAUGCCAUGGUAUUCCAUGCUACACUUUGGAUGGUGACAACAUUCGCCAAGGCCUUAAUAAGAAUCUGGGUUUCACACCAGAAGAUAGAGAAGAGAAUGUCCGUCGUAUUGCUGAAGUUGCUAAAUUGUUUGCAGAUGCUGGUCUGGUGUGCAUUACUAGUUUCAUCUCUCCUUAUACUCAGGAUCGUAAUAAUGCCAGACAAAUUCAUGAAGGGGCAAGUUUGCCUUUUUUUGAAGUAUUUGUGGAUGCUCCAUUGCAUGUCUGUGAGCAGAGAGAUGUUAAAGGACUCUAUAAGAAAGCCAGGGCUGGAGAAAUUAAAGGUUUUACUGGGAUUGACUCAGAGUAUGAAAAACCAGAAGCCCCAGAGCUUGUGCUGAAAACUGAUUCCUGUGAUGUGAAUGAUUGUAUACAACAAGUUGUGGAACUUCUUCAAGAGAGGGACAUUGUACCAGUGGAUGCCUCUUACGAGGUGAAAGAGCUUUAUGUGCCAGAAAACAAGCUACAGUUGGCCAAAACAGAUGCUGAGUCUCUGUUGACCUUGGAAAUAAAUAAGGUGGAUAUGCAGUGGGUGCAAGUGCUAGCAGAAGGUUGGGCAACACCCCUGAAUGGCUUUAUGAGAGAGAGAGAAUACCUACAGUGCCUUCACUUUGACUGUCUCCUUGAUGGGGGAGUUAUUAAUCUGUCAGUGCCUAUAGUGCUAACAGCUACUCAAGAAGACAAAGAAAGACUCGAUGGGUGUACAGCAAUUGCGCUGGUGUAUGAAGGUUGCCGUGUUGCCAUUCUCCGUAAUCCCGAAUUCUACGAGCACAGGAAAGAGGAACGUUGUGCUAGGCAAUGGGGAACGACGUGCAAGGAACAUCCCUAUAUCAAGAUGGUUAUGGAACAAGGGAACUGGCUUGUUGGUGGAGAUCUGCAGGUCCUUGAUCGUAUCUAUUGGAAUGAUGGACUAGAUCAAUAUCGUCUCACUCCAGCUGAACUAAGGCAGAAAUUCAAGGAAAUGAAUGCUGAUGCUGUCUUUGCAUUCCAGUUACGCAACCCGGUGCACAACGGCCACGCUCUUUUAAUGCAGGAUACUCACAAGCAACUUUUGGAACGUGGCUACCGGCGCCCGGUUUUGCUCCUGCAUCCACUUGGAGGCUGGACAAAGGAGGAUGAUGUUCCUCUGAUGUGGCGCAUGAAGCAGCACGCUGCAGUGCUGGAGGAGGGAAUCCUGAAUCCAGAAACAACUGUGGUAGCUAUAUUCCCUUCCCCCAUGAUGUACGCUGGACCAACUGAGGUUCAGUGGCACUGCAGAGCACGGAUGGUUGCAGGAGCUAACUUCUACAUUGUAGGGCGAGAUCCAGCAGGGAUGCCACAUCCUGACACUGGGAAAGAUCUGUAUGAACCGACUCACGGUGCCAAAGUGUUGACAAUGGCUCCAGGCCUCCGAGCGCUGGAAAUUGUACCCUUCAGGGUUGCAGCUUAUAACAAAAAAAAGAAAUCCAUGGAUUAUUAUGACUCUGAUCACCAUGAAGACUUUGACUUUAUAUCGGGGACUCGCAUGCGCAAGCUGGCUCGGGAAGGACAAAACCCGCCGGAAGGCUUCAUGGCUCCUAAGGCUUGGACCGUGCUGACAGAAUACUACAAAUCCUUGGAGAAGGCUUAGGCCUCUUAUUAACUGCAGAUCAACCUUUGACGCCUGAUUUAUUUACGAGAAGGGGACCACACAGUCACCAUUCAUGUUGCUUUGUUGUGGUGUCUGUCAGGAAGUUCUCUGAAAACAGACUCUUUCUUCCUAACUUAGCAUCAUUCUUUGCCUGUCCUUAUGGGUUCUAUUAUGUCCUGGCACCUAACUAGCUGCUGGUUUUAAUGUCUUCUCUUUUAUUACAGUUGAUAUUCUUGCAGUAGGAUUUUUAACUCUUGUAUUUUUUUUUAUAUUUUACUGCCUCUGUCCUGAGUUCUGCAGCUGUUAAAGAGAUGCAGCUCUUUCUUAUGUUAUUUAAACUGCUGGCUAGUGUUUGGUUUUAGUAGUUUGUAGGACAAAAUGUAAUGGUUAGUCCCUUAACUAUGGAUAGAUUAUCUAUAAAUCAAAAAAGUAAAGUAAGUUUCAAAACAUCUGUAAAAGUGUCCUCAUCUUUAUCUCAUCAUCAUCUCCAGAAGCACUUAAAAUUUAUUUCUUGUUAUAUGUAAUCAAAAAGCAGAAGUUGGUUUGUUUUUUUUUUUCUAAUGUAGCAUAAUUAAAAUUUUGCUUUCUUUGUUUAAUUUUGGAGUUCAUUGAGUUGUACGGUGAUUCUCUUCUGCUGUGGACCUGUAAAGAUGGCCAGCUAAUUAAUAAAAUAAAAUAAAAUACCUGGUUUUCACUUUGAAUUGUUAAAAAUAUCAGAUAUUGUUUUUGUAUAUGCUUGCUGCCAUAGGUGUCAACAGGGAAUAUUUUAUUUCAUUUGAUAUAACCUGCCAGUUUUUUGGUUCUAGAUAUACUUGUUCAGCCUACUACAACUUUAAAAAAAACAUGACAGAGCAAACUUAAAUUCAUGUUUAAUUAUUGCAAUAAACCCUUAGAUCUUGGCAUUUCCUGUGCUAAAAAUGCUUAGUUCGGAGAUUAAUUUUCUGGCUAUUUUUCAAGGUCUCCAAAGAAUAAUCUUCUUCUUUUCAGUCAGCUUUGCUUGUUUGAAAGACAAACCAUAUGGUGUUCCAGGGUUCUUCAGAAAUCCUGAAGUUGGUUAAUUCAGUAUGUGAAACAUUAACUGCUAAAGGAAAAUAUAAAAAAAUAAAAAUAAACCGCUUUUUUAAAAUGUAAA